UUGUCAACGCAAAUCUCCUGGGGAGAUAUAAAACAUUGAGCAUCCACAUCAUGUAUUUUCGUCACGCAAAACUUGUCUUCCAGUCACCAUCAUCUCUUGAACAAAGAAUUACUUCAGCGAAGCUAUCAUGCCAUCCCUCAAAUCUCUCCUCUCACUCCUCUCCCUCCGAGCCAUCACACUCGCCCUCGCCCACAACUCCUCCAACCCCCUUCUCGCCACAGGCGCCAACCUGACCUUCGCCCUCCCCACUCACCCCGUCCACACCUUUCCCGUCGGGACCUGGAUCGAGAAUCUCGCGGUGCGGGAAAACGGCCAAAUCAUCGCAACCGACGACACCCACCCGCGUAUCUAUCAAAUCGAUCCCUACUAUUCUCACACUCCCGCGCUCCUUCUUCACGAGUUCAACAACACGGCAUCUAUCCUCGGCAUCGUUGAAACCACCCCGGACGUCUUCUACGUCUGCACCGCUAAUUACUCCUCUGCAAAGUUAGAAGGCUACGGAGAAGCAUACAUCUACAGACUCGACAUGCGGCCGUUCUCCUCUUCCAUAAAGAACUCAGCCGUAAUAUCAAAGAUCGCUACCCUACUAGAAGCAAAAGCCCUGGACGGGCUCACAUGGCUGGAACCCCGCGACGAUGCCGAAGGAGAAGGUCUCCUCCUCAUCAGCGACUUCCUCGCCGGCGUCAUCUGGAGCGUCAAACCCGCCACCGGCGCCGUCGCCAUGCCCAUCAACAGCACCUAUACGCGCUCCACCGGCUUCGGGGUCAACGGGCUCAAGAUCCGCAACCGGAAGCUCUAUCUCACGAACUCGCAGCAGCAGACCCUCGUUAAAGUCCUUAUUAACUCGAAAGGCGAAGCGGUGGGGAAUUACACGGUGCUAGCGCAAGGCGGGUUCACGCCGGAUGAUUUUGCGUUGGAUGCGGAGGGGAAUGCGUAUGUGACUAGUUUUGAGGUGGGGAGGAACGGGGUUGUGUUUGUGCCACGGGAGGGUGGGCAGGCGGUGUAUAUCCCGGGGAUGGCGGGGCCGACGGCAGCGGCGUUUGGGAGGGGGAGGGAGGAGGGGUGGUUGUAUGUUAGUACGAGUGGCGGGGAUUAUGAUUAUUUGACGGGGAAGGAGGUGACGGCUGCGGGGGGCAUUGUUAGGGUGCAGGUGGGGGGGAGGGGGUAG